AUGAUGUCCCAACACCUUUCGAGUAUGUUCGAGCAACUCGGCAAUUUCACUAAGAAUAACUUAACGAAUAAUAACAAAGUGGUGAAAGAGAAAGAGAAUAAGACGAGUGCAAACCACGUGGGCGUUGGAGCAACAGGAGUUGGUGGUAAUCAACAAGUAUCUCCUAAGCAUGUGCAUGGUCAGCCACCAGCACCACUGAAAAAGCCAUGUAAACUGAGAAACGUCGCUUCCAGAGCUGAGUCCUACGACACUCUGUACGGCAAUAGCAUCUUGGUAAGUUCUAGUCAUGUAAUUUAA